UCACCAAGGCACCGAGAUCCUUUACGAGCUGACCGGAGAGAGAGAUAUUGAAAAGGCGAUGAAAUAUUGCGAGAGGGUCACCAAGAUAACAGAUCGCAAAAAGUUGAUUGAGUUCAUCAAUGGAUGCCGCGGCUCUAGGGAGUGGAAGUACGUUAUCUCCUUCAUGAAGCAGCUCGAAGGGUCUGCGUUGAUCGAGAUAUUUGUAGAAAUCCUGCAUGUGCUGACAAACGAAACCGAUGUGUUCAAGGCGUAUGCGAUUUUGGAGCGCCUCACGGGCCACGCUGACUUUGAUGCCGUCUACGAGAUUCUCGAGAAGAUUUCCAGCGGCAAAAAUUCCCAUGAAAUAGCUGAUUUCUUCAGGCACGUUUCUCAUACCAAUGGUUUGGACGGUAUACGUAUUCAGGUGGACAAGCUGACGGGAGGAGAAGGGUCGCAGGAGUUCCCUGAGGUGUUGGGCGUGUUGAUGCCAGAAAUCGAUCUGAAGGGUUGUCUCGACCUGUUUAUUGCGUCGAUCAGAGCUAGUGAUAUGGGUGAGGCCGUCGUCGAAUUCAACAAAAUCAUGGGCGAGAAGCAGUUCUCACAGAGCAUCACAAUCAUCAAGAAGAUCACCGGACAAAAACAAUUCAAAUAUGCAUUGGAGGAGCUAACACACGAAUGUAACAAACUCAGUCUCAAAGUGGUGAUUGAGACGUUAUACAAGAUCACUGGACGACGCAAUAUGUUGGACGUUGAUAUCAUCUUCAACGAGGUCUUCGAAAUUGACAAUAUGGUGACCCUCAUCAAAAGGAUCAACAAGAUUUCGAAGAAGAUAGACGCGCUCACCUUCUUCGAGUCGCUGCUGGAGAUCACACAGACCGAGACCAUCCAGGACGCCAGUGUUCAGCUCAAGAAGCUCACCACCAAGAAAUUGUCAACAAUGGUUCUCUUGGAAGAAAUCCGGACGAAGUCAGGACACGACGACAUCAUUGACUUCUUCAGGCGCCUCAUCGAAUACACCUCUACCAAAUCUGUCCAGGAGGCAUGGGAGAUAAUGGUCACCUACAUCACAGUGAUAGAUAUCUUCGAAUUCUUCGAGAAGAUAUACAAAUACACCCGUAUCCAGGUGAUCACGUUCAUCGAGACCAUCAUGAAAGUCACCAACUCCAGCAACUUCACGCUGGCCAUCUCCAAGCUGAACAGGCUGACGGGCGAGAAGUGUAAGUGUCACAAGAUCUACAAGUACACCCGUAUCCAGGUGAUAACGUUCAUCAAGACCAUCAUGAAAGUCACCAACUCCAGCAACUUCACGCUGGCCAUCUCCAAGCUGAACAGGCUGACGGGCGAGAAGUAUUUAUUCGAGUCUAUCAGAGUCAUCUGGGAAAUAAUCGAAAUUGAUAUUGUCAAGUUCUUUGAAAUCAUUAUCACCAUCAGCAAGAAGUUUAAUUUCGAGGAAGUAAUUGUCAUUAUUCAAGAAUACACUAAAACUACUGAUUUCAUAGACGCACUCAAGCGGAUUAGAGAAGCGACUGGAGAAACAGAUAUUGUUAAGUGUAUCGAAUACAUCAAACAAAACAAGCCAUGCAAAAUUUCAACCACUAUGACCACAACGUCCACAACCACAACAACGACGACCGAAGAGCCAACGACUACGACAAUCGGUAAACCAGGACAACCAGGUGAUAUUGAUGAAACCGACAUCGAAAAGAAAAAAAGGAUAAUCAAAUCAAAGAUUGAGGAAGACGACGAGGAAACUGAGGAGGAAAGGGAGAUCCGCAUCAAGAAACACGAAGAAAUAGAAGAAGAGGAAUAUUAUGAAGAUUACGAGGAUAGCAAUGGUGUACGUCACAGGCGACGCCGCCCUGGCAAGCCAGGCAAACCGGCUCAACCUAGUCAGCCAGGUCAACCAGGCAGUACGCCACAACAACCAAGCAAGCCUGAUCACACAGGCAGCACGCCACAACAACCAGGCAGGCCUCAGCAACCAAGCAAGCCUGACCACCCAGGCAGCACGCCACAACAACCAGGCAGCCCUGAGAAACCAAGCAAGCCUGACCAAACAAGCAGCUCGCCACAAAAACCAGGCAAGCAUGAGCAACCAAGCAAGUCUGACCAACCAGGCAGUAAACCAGGACAAUCAGGUGAUAUUGAUGAAACCGACAUCGAAAUGAAAAAGAGGAUAAUAAAAUCAAAAAUUGAGGAAGACGAUGAGGAGACCGAGGAGGAAAGGGAGAUCCGCAUCAAGAAACACGAAAAAAUAGAAGAAGAGGAAUAUUAUGAAGAUUACGAGGAUAGCAAUGGUGUACGUCACAGGCGACGCCGCCCUGGCAAGCCAGGCAAACCGGCUCAACCUAGUCAGCCAGGUCAACCAGGCAGUACGCCACAACAACCAAGCAAGCCUGAUCACACAGGCAGCACGCCACAACAACCAGGCAGGCCUCAGCAACCAAGCAAGCCUGACCAACGAAGCAAGCUUGACCACCCAGACAGCACGCCACAACAACCAGGCAGGCCUGAGCAACCAAACAAGCCUGACUACCCAGGCAGCACGCCACAACAACCAGGCAUGCCUAAGCAACCAAGCAAGCCUGACCACCUAGACAGCACGCCACAACAACCAGGCAGGCCUGAGCAACCAAGCAAGCCUGACCGACCAAGCAAUCCUGAUCACCCAGGCAGCAAGCCACUACAACAAGAGGAGGAGGAGGCCGAGGAAGAAAGAGAGCUCCGCAUCAAGAAGAAGAAGGAGACGGAGGAGACCGAGGGAGAAAGAGAGCUCCACAUCAAGAAGAAGAAGGAGACAGAAAAACAAGAGACGGAGGAGACCGAGGAAGAAAGAGAGCUCCUCAUCAAGAAGAAGAAGGAGACAGUAAAAGAAGAGGAGGAGAAGGCCGAGGAAGAAAGAGAGCAAUCAAGCAAGCCUGACCAUGAAGGCAGCACGCCACGACAACCAAACAAGCCUGACCACCCAGACAACACGCCACAACAACCAGGCAGGCCUGAGCAACCAAGCAAGCCUGUCUACCCAGGCAGCACGCCACAACAACCAGGCAGGACUGAGCAACCAAGCAAGCCUGACCACUCAGGCAGCACGCCACGACAACCAAGCAAGCCUGAUCACACAGGCAGCACGCCACAACAACCAGGCAGGCCUCAGCAACCAAGCAAGCCUGACCAACGAAGCAAGCUUGACCACCCAGACAGCACGCCACAACAACCAGGCAGGCCUGAGCAACCAAACAAGCCUGACUACCCAGGCAGCACGCCACAACAACCAGGCAUGCCUAAGCAACCAAGCAAGCCUGACCACCUAGACAGCACGCCACAACAACCAGGCAGGCCUGAGCAACCAAGCAAGCCUGACCGACCAAGCAAUCCUGAUCACCCAGGCAGCAAGCCACUACAACAAGAGGAGGAGGAGGCCGAGGAAGAAAGAGAGCUCCGCAUCAAGAAGAAGAAGGAGACGGAGGAGACCGAGGGAGAAAGAGAGCUCCACAUCAAGAAGAAGAAGGAGACAGAAAAACAAGAGACGGAGGAGACCGAGGAAGAAAGAGAGCUCCUCAUCAAGAAGAAGAAGGAGACAGUAAAAGAAGAGGAGGAGAAGGCCGAGGAAGAAAGAGAGCAAUCAAGCAAGCCUGACCAUGAAGGCAGCACGCCACGACAACCAAACAAGCCUGACCACCCAGACAACACGCCACAACAACCAGGCAGGCCUGAGCAACCAAGCAAGCCUGUCUACCCAGGCAGCACGCCACAACAACCAGGCAGGACUGAGCAACCAAGCAAGCCUGACCACUCAGGCAGCACGCCACGACAACCAAGCAAGCCUGAUCACACAGGCAGCACGCCACAACAACCAGGCAGGCCUCAGCAACCAAGCAAGCCUGACCAACGAAGCAAGCUUGACCACCCAGACAGCACGCCACAACAACCAGGCAGGCCUGAGCAACCAAACAAGCCUGACUACCCAGGCAGCACGCCACAACAACCAGGCAUGCCUAAGCAACCAAGCAAGCCUGACCACCUAGACAGCACGCCACAACAACCAGGCAGGCCUGAGCAACCAAGCAAGCCUGACCGACCAAGCAAUCCUGAUCACCCAGGCAGCAAGCCACUACAACAAGAGGAGGAGGAGGCCGAGGAAGAAAGAGAGCUCCGCAUCAAGAAGAAGAAGGAGACGGAGGAGACCGAGGGAGAAAGAGAGCUCCACAUCAAGAAGAAGAAGGAGACAGAAAAACAAGAGACGGAGGAGACCGAGGAAGAAAGAGAGCUCCUCAUCAAGAAGAAGAAGGAGACAAUAAAAGAAGAGGAGGAGAAGGCCGAGGAAGAAAGAGAGCAAUCAAGCAAGCCUGACCAUGAAGGCAGCACGCCACGACAACCAAACAAGCCUGACCACCCAGACAACACGCCACAACAACCAGGCAGGCCUGAGCAACCAAGCAAGCCUGUCUACCCAGGCAGCACGCCACAACAACCAGGCAGGACUGAGCAACCAAGCAAGCCUGACCACUCAGGCAGCACGCCACGACAACCAGGCAUGCCUGACCACCCAGACAGCACGCCACAACAACCAGGCAGGCCUGAGCAACCAAGCAAGCCUGACCACUCAGGCAGCACGCCACGACAACCAGGCAUGCCUGACCACCCAGACAGCACGCCACAACAACCAGGCAGGCCUAAGCAACCAAGCAAGCCUGACCACUCAGGCAGCACGCCACGACAACCAGGCAUGCCUGACCACCCAGACAGCACGCCACAACAACCAGGCAUGCAUGAGCAACCAAGCAAGCCUGACCGACCAAGCAAGCCUGACCACCCAGGCAGCAAGCCACUACAACAAGAGAAGGAGGAGGCAGAGAAAGAAAGAGAGCUCCGCAUCAAGAAGAAGAAGGAGACAGUAAAAGAAGAGGAGGAAGAGACCGAGGAAGAAAGAGAGCUCCGCAUCAAGAAGAAGAAGGAGACAGAAAAACAAGAGACGGAGGAGAACGAGGAAGAAAGAGAGCUCAUCAAGAAGAAGAAGGAAACAGUAAAAAAAGAGGAGGAGAAGACCGAGGAAGAAAGAGAGCUCCGCAUCAAGAAGAAGAAGGACACAGAAAAACAAGAGACGGAGGAGACCGAGAAAGAAAGAGAGCUCAUCAAGAAGAAGAAGGAAACAGUAAAAGAAGAGGAGGAGAAGACCGAGGAAGAAAGAGAGCAACCAAGCAAGCCUGACCACUCAGGCAGCACGCCACAACAACCAGCCAUGCCUGAGCAACCAAGCAAGCCUGACCACUCAGGCAGCACGCCACAACAACCAGCCAUGCCUGAGCAACCAAGCAAGCUUGACCACCCAGACAGCACGCCACAACAACCAGGCAGGACUGAGCAACCAAGCAAGCCUGACCACACAGGCAGCACGCCACGACAACCAGGCAUGCCUGACCACCCAGACAGCACGUCACAACAACCAGGCAAGCAUGAGCAACCAAGUAAGCCUGACCGACCAAGCAAGCCUGACCACCCAGGCAGCAAGCCACUACAACAAGAGAAGGAGGAGACCGAGGAAGAAAGAGAGCUCCUCAUCAAGAAGAAGAAGGAGACAGUAAAAGAAGAGGAGGACGAGACCGAGGAAGAAAGAGAGCUCCGCAUCAAGAAGAAGAAGGAGACAGAAAAACAAGAGACGGAGGAGACCGAGGAAGAAAGAGAGCUCAUCAAGAAGAAGAAGGAAACAGUAAAAGAAGAGGAGGAGAAGACCGAGGAAGAAAGAGAGCAACCAAGCAAGCCUGACCAUCAAGGCAGCACGCCACGUCAACCAAGCAAGCCUGACCACUCAGGCAGCACGCCACAACAACCAGCCAUACCUGAGCAACCAAGCAAGCCUGACCACUCAGGCAGCACGCCACAACAACCAGCCAUGUCUGAGCAACCAAGCAAGCUUGACCACCCAGACAGCACGCCACAACAACCAGGCAGGACUGAGCAACCAAGCAAGCCUGACCACUCAGGCAGCACGCCACGACAACCAGGCAUGCCUGACCACCCAGACAGUACGCCACAACAACCAGGCAUGCCUGACCACACAGACAGCACGCCACAACAACCAGGCAGGCCUAAGCAACCAAGCAAGCCUGACCACUCAGGCAGCACGCCACAACAACCAGGCAUGCCUGACCACCCAGACAGUACGCCACAACAACCAGGCAUGCCUGACCACCCAAACAGCACGCCACAACAACCAGGCAUGCCUGACCACCCAGACAGCACGCCACAACAACCAGGCAGGCCUAAGCAACCAAGCAAGCCUGACCACUCAGGCAGCACGCCACGACAACCAGGCAUGCCUGACCACCCAGACAGCACGUCACAACAACCAGGCAAGCAUGAGCAACCAAGUAAGCCUGACCGACCAAGCAAGCCUGACCACCCAGGCAGCAAGCCACUACAACAAGAGAAGGAGGAGACCGAGGAAGAAAGAGAGCUCCUCAUCAAGAAGAAGAAGGAGACAGUAAAAGAAGAGGAGGACGAGACCGAGGAAGAAAGAGAGCUCCGCAUCAAGAAGAAGAAGGAGACAGAAAAACAAGAGACGGAGGAGACCGAGGAAGAAAGAGAGCUCAUCAAGAAGAAGAAGGAAACAGUAAAAGAAGAGGAGGAGAAGACCGAGGAAGAAAGAGAGCAACCAAGCAAGCCUGACCAUCAAGGCAGCACGCCACGUCAACCAAGCAAGCCUGACCACUCAGGCAGCACGCCACAACAACCAGCCAUACCUGAGCAACCAAGCAAGCCUGACCACUCAGGCAGCACGCCACAACAACCAGCCAUGUCUGAGCAACCAAGCAAGCUUGACCACCCAGACAGCACGCCACAACAACCAGGCAGGACUGAGCAACCAAGCAAGCCUGACCACUCAGGCAGCACGCCACGACAACCAGGCAUGCCUGACCACCCAGACAGUACGCCACAACAACCAGGCAUGCCUGACCACACAGACAGCACGCCACAACAACCAGGCAGGCCUAAGCAACCAAGCAAGCCUGACCACUCAGGCAGCACGCCACAACAACCAGGCAUGCCUGACCACCCAGACAGUACGCCACAACAACCAGGCAUGCCUGACCACCCAAACAGCACGCCACAACAACCAGGCAUGCCUGACCACCCAGACAGCACGCCACAACAACCAGGCAGGCCUAAGCAACCAAGCAAGCCUGACCACUCAGGCAGCACGCCACGACAACCAGGCAUGCCUGACCACCCAGACAGUACGCCACAACAACCAGGCAUGCCUGACCACACAGACAGCACGCCACAACAACCAGGCAGGCCUAAGCAACCAAGCAAGCCUGACCACUCAGGCAGCACGCCACAACAACCAGGCAUGCCUGACCACCCAGACAGUACGCCACAACAACCAGGCAUGCCUGACCACCCAAACAGCACGCCACAACAACCAGGCAUGCCUGACCACCCAGACAGCACGCCACAACAACCAGGCAGGCCUGAGCAACCAAGCAAGCCUGACCACUCAGGCAGCACGCCACGACAACCAGGCAUGCCUAAACACCUAGACAGCACGCCACAACAACCAGGCAUGCCUGACCACCCAGACAGCACGCCACAACAACCAGGCAGGCCUAAGCAACCAAGAAAGCCUGACCACUCAGGCAGCACGCCACAACAACCAGGCAUGCCUGAGAAACCAAGGAAGCUUGACCACCCAGGCAGCACGCCACAACAACCAGGCAGGACUGAGCAACCAAGCAAGCCUGACCACUCAGGCAGCACGACACGACAACCAGGCAUGCCUGACCACCCAGACAGCACGCCACAACAACCAGGCAAGCAUGAGCAACCAAGCAAGCCUGACCGACCAAGCAAGCCUGACCACCCAGGCAGCAAGCCACUACAACAAGAGAAGGAGGAGGCAGAGGAAGAAAGAGAGCUCCGCAUCAAGAAGAAGAAGGAGACAGUAAAACAAGAGACGGAGGAGACCGAGGAAGAAAGAGAGCUCCUCAUCAAGAAGAAGAAGGAAACAGUAAAAGAAGAGGAGGAGAAGACCGAGGAAGAAAGAGAGCUCCGCAUCAAGAAGAAGAAGGAGACAGAAAAACAAGAGACGGAGGAGACCGAGGAAGAAAGAGAGCUCAUCAAGAAGAAGAAGGAAACAGUAAAAGAAGAGGAGGAGAAGACCGAGGAAGAAAGAGAGCAACCAAGCAAGCCUGACCACUCAGGCAGCACGCCACGACAACCAGGCAGGCCUGACCACCCAGACAGUACGCCACAACAACCAGGCAGGCCUAAGCAACCAAGCAAGCCUGACCACUCAGGCAGCACGCCACGACAACCAGGCAUGCCUGACCACCCAGACAGUACGCCACAACAACCAGGCAUGCCUGACCACCCAGACAGCACGCCACAACAACCAGGCAGGCCUAAGCAACCAAGCAAGCCUGACCACUCAGGCAGCACGCCACGACAACCAGGCAUGCCUGACCACCCAGACAGUACGCCACAACAACCAGGCAUGCCUGACCACCCAGACAGCACGCCACAACAACCAGGCAGGCCUAAGCAACCAAGCAAGCCUGACCACUCAGGCAGCACGCCACGACAACCAGGCAUGCCUGACCACCCAGACAGUACGCCACAACAACCAGGCAUGCCUGACCACCCAGACAGCACGCCACAACAACCAGGCAGGCCUAAGCAACCAAGCAAGCCUGACCACUCAGGCAGCACGCCACGACAACCAGGCAUGCCUGACCACCCAGACAGUACGCCACAACAACCAGGUAUGCCUGACCACCCAGACAGCAUGCCACAACAACCAGGCAGGCCUAAGCAACCAAGCAAGCCUGACCACUCAGGCAGCACGCCACGACAACCAGGCAGGCCUAAGCAACCAAGCAAGCCUGACCACUCAGGCAGCACGCCACGACAACCAGGCAUGCCUGACCACCCAGACGGUACGCCACAACAACCAGGCAUGCCUGACCACACAGACAGCACGCCACAACAACCAAGCACGCCUAAGCAACCAAGCAAGCCUGACCACUCAGGCAGCACGCCACGACAACCAGGCAUGCCUGACCACCCAGACAGUACGCCACAACAACCAGGCAUGCCUGACCACCCAGACAGCACGCCACAACAACCAGGCAGGCCUAAGCAACCAAGCAAGCCUGACCACUCAGGCAGCACGCCACGACAACCAGGCAUGCCUGACCACCCAGACAGUACGCCACAACAACCAGGCAUGCCUGACCACCCAGACAGCACGCCACAACAACCAGGCAGGCCUAAGCAACCAAGCAAGCCUGACCACUCAGGCAGCACGCCACGACAACCAGGCAUGCCUGACCACCCAGACAGUACGCCACAACAACCAGGCAUGCCUGACCACCCAGACAGCACGCCACAACAACCAGGCAGGCCUAAGCAACCAAGCAAGCCUGACCACUCAGGCAGCACGACACGACAACCAGGCAUGCCUGACCACCCAGACAGCACGCCACAACAACCAGGCAAGCAUGAACAACCAAGCAAGCCUGACCGACCAAGCAUGCCUGACCACCCAGGCAGCAAGCCACUACAACAAGAGAAGGAGGAGGCAGAGGAAGAAAGAGAGCUCCGCAUCAAGAAGAAGAAGGAGACAGUAAAACAAGAGACGGAGGAGACCGAGGAAGAAAGAGAGCUCCUCAUCAAGAAGAAGAAGGAGACAGUAAAAGAAGAGGAGGAAGAGACCGAGGAAGAAAGAGAGCUCCGCAUCAAGAAGAAGAAGGAGACAGAAAAACAAGAGACGGAGGAGACCGAGGAAGAAAGAGAGCUCAUCAAGAAGAAGAAGGAAACAGUAAAAGAAGAGGAGGAGAAGACCGAGGAAGAAAGAGAGCAACCAAGCAAGCCUGACCACUCAGGCAGCACGCCACAACAACCAGCCAUGCCUGAGCAACCAAGCAAGCCUGACCACUCAGGCAGCACGCCACGACAACCAGGCAUGCCUGACCACCUAGACAGUACGCCACAACAACCAGGUAUGCCUGACCACCCAGACAGCAUGCCACAACAACCAGGCAGGCCUAAGCAACCAAGCAAGCCUGACCACUCAGGCAGCACGCCACGACAACCAGGCAGGCCUAAGCAACCAAGCAAGCCUGACCACUCAGGCAGCACGCCACGACAACCAGGCAUGCCUGACCACCCAGACAGUACGCCACAACAACCAGGCAUGCCUGACCACACAGACAGCACGCCACAACAACCAGGCAGGCCUAAGCAACCAAGCAAGCCUGACCACUCAGGCAGCACGCCACAACAACCAGGCAUGCCUGACCACCCAGACAGUACGCCACAACAACCAGGCAUGCCUGACCACCCAAACAGCACGCCACAACAACCAGGCAUGCCUGACCACCCAGACAGCACGCCACAACAACCAGGCAGGCCUAAGCAACCAAGCAAGCCUGACCACUCAGGCAGCACGCCACGACAACCAGGCAUGCCUGACCACCCAGACAGCACGCCACAACAACCAGGCAAGCAUGAGCAACCAAGCAAGCCUGACCGACCAAGCAAGCCUGACCACCCAGGCAGCAAGCCACUACAACAAGAGAAGGAGGAGACCGAGGAAGAAAGAGAGCUCCUCAUCAAGAAGAAGGAGACAGUAAAAGAAGAGGAGGACGAGACCGAGGAAGAAAGAGAGCUCCGCAUCAAGAAGAAGAAGGAGACAGAAAAACAAGAGACGGAGGAGACCGAGGAAGAAAGAGAGCUCAUCAAGAAGACGAAGGAAACAGUAAAAGAAGAGGAGGAGAAGACCGAGGAAGAAAGAGAGCAACCAAGCAAGCCUGACCAUCAAGGCAGCACGCCACGUCAACCAAGCAAGCCUGACCACUCAGGCAGCACGCCACAACAACCAGCCAUGCCUGAGCAACCAAGCAAGCCUGACCACUCAGGCAGCACGCCACGACAACCAGGCAUGCCUGACCACCCAGAUAGCACGCCACGACAACCAGGCAUGCAUGAGCAACCAAGCAAGCCUGACCGACCAAGCAAGCCUGACCACCCAGGCAGCAAGCCACUACAACAAGAGGAGGAGGAGGCCGAGGAAGAAAGAGAGCUCCGCAUCAAGAAGAAGAAGGAGACAGAAAAACAAGAGACGGAGGAGACCGAGGAAGAAAGAGAGCUCCUCAUCAAGAAGAAGAAGGAGACAGUAAAAGAAGAGGAGGAAGAGACCGAGGAAGAAAGAGAGCUCCGCAUCAAGAAGAAGGAGACAGAAAAACAAGAGACGGAGGAGACCGAGGAAGAAAGAGAGCUCAUCGAGAAGAAGAAGGAAACAGUAAAAGAAGAGGAGGAGAAGACCGAGGAAGAAAGAGAGCAACCAAGCAAGCCUGACCAUCAAGGCAGCACGCCACGACAACCAAGCAAGCCUGACCACUCAGGCAGAACGCCACAACAACCAGGCAUGCCUGAGCAACCAAGCAAGCCUGAGCACUCAGGCAGCACGCCACGACAACCAGGCAUGCCUGACCACCCAGGCAGCACGCCACAACAACCAGGCAGGCCUGAGCAACCAAGCAAGCCUGACCACUCAGGCAGCACGCCACGACAACCAGGCAUGCCUGAGCAACCAAGGAAGCUUGACCACCCAGGCAGCACGCCACAACAACCAGGCAUGCCUGAGCAACCAAGCAAGCUUGACCACCCAGACAGCACGCCACAACAACCAGGAUGGCCUGAGCAACCAAGCAAGCCUGACCACUCAGGCAGCACGCCACGACAACCAGGCAUGCCUGACCACCCAGACAGCACGCCACAACAACCAGGCAUGCAUGAGCAACCAAGCAAGCCUGACCGACCAAGCAAGCCUGACCACCCAGGCAGCAAGCCACUACAACAAGAGGAGGAGGAGGCCGAGGAAGAAAGAGAGCUCCGCAUCAAGAAGAAGAAGGAGACAGAAAAACAAGAGACGGAGGAGACCAAGGAAGAAAGAGAGCUCCUCAUCAAGAAGAAGAAAGAGACAGUAAAAGAAGAGGAGGAAGAGACCGAGGAAGAAAGAGAGCUCCGCAUCAAGAAGACGAAGGAGACAGAAAAACAAGAGACGGAGGAGACCGAGGAAGAAAGAGAGCUCAUCAAGAAGAAGAAGGAAACAGUAAAAGAAGAGGAGAAGACCGAGGAAGAAAGAGAGCAACCAAGCAAGCCUGACCAUCAAGGCAGCACGCCACGACAACCAAGCAAGCCUGACCACCCAGACAGCACGCCACAACAACCAGUCAUGCCUGAGCAACCAAGCAAGCCUGACCACUCAGGCAGCACGCCACAACAACCAGCCAUGCCUGAGCAACCAAGCAAGCUUGACCACCCAGACAGCACGCCACAACAACCAAGCAGGCCUGAGCAACCAAGCAAGCCUGACCACUCAGGCAGCACGCCACGACAACCAGGCAUGCCUAAACACCUAGAGAGCACGCCACAACAACCCGGCAUGCCUGAGCAACCAAGCAAGCUUGACCACCCAGGCAGCACGCCACAAAAACCAGGCAUGCCUGAGCAACCAAGCAAGGUUGACCACCGAGGCAGCACGCCACAACAACCAAGCAAGCCUGACCACCCAGAAAGCACGCCACAACAACCAGGCAGGCUUGAGCAACCAAGCAAGUCUGACUACCCAGUCAGCACGCCACAACAACCAGGCAUGCCUGAGCAACCAAGCAAGCUUGACCACCCAGACAGCACGCCACAACAACCAGGCAGGCCUGAGCAACCAAGCAAGCCUGACCACUCAGGCAGAACGCCACAACAACCAGGCAUGCCUGAGCAACCAAGGAAGCUUGACCACCCAGUUAGCACGCCAGAACAACCAAGCAUGCCUGAGCAACCAAGCAAGCCUGACCGACCAAGCAAGCCUGACCAACCACGCAAACCUGACCAACCAGGCAGCAAGCCACUACAACAAGAGGAGGAGGAGGCCGAGGAAGAAAGAGAGCUUCGCACCAAGAAGGAGAAGGAGACAGAAAAACAAGAGAAGGAGGUGACCGAGGAAGAAAGAGAGCUCCACAUCAAGAAGAAGAAGGAGACAGAAAAACAAGAGAAGGAAGAGACCGAGGAAGAAAGAGAGCUCCGCAUCAAGAAGAAGGAGACAGAAAAACAAGAGAAGGAGGUGACCGAGGAAGACAGAGAGCUCCACAUCAAGAAGAAGAUGGAGACAGAAAAACAAGAGAAGGAAGAGACCGAGGAAGAAAGAGAGCUCCGCAUCAAGAAGGAGAAGGAGACAGAAAAACAAGAGAAGGAGGUGACCGAGGAAGAAAGAGAGCUUCGCACCAAGAAGGAGAAGGAGACAGAAAAACAAGAGAAGGAGGUGACCGAGGAAGAAAGAGAGCUCCACAUCAAGAAGAAGAAGGAGACAGAAAAACAAGAGAAGGAAGAGACCGAGGAAGAAAGAGAGCUCCGCAUCAAGAAGAAGGAGACAGAAAAACAAGAGAAGGAAGAGACCGAGGAAGAAAGAGAGCUCCGCAUCAAGAAGAAGGAGACAGAAAAACAAGAGAAGGAGGUGACCGAGGAAGACAGAGAGCUCCACAUCAAGAAGAAGAUGGAGACAGAAAAACAAGAGAAGGAAGAGACCGAGGAAGAAAGAGAGCUCCGCAUCAAGAAGGAGAAGGAGACAGAAAAACAAGAGAAGGAGGUGACCGAGGAAGAAAGAGAGCUUCGCACCAAGAAGGAGAAGGAGACAGAAAAACAAGAGAAGGAGGUGACCGAGGAAGAAAGAGAGCUCCACAUCAAGAAGAAGAAGGAGACAGAAAAACAAGAGAAGGAAGAGACCGAGGAAGAAAGAGAGCUCCGCAUCAAGAAGAAGGAGACAGAAAAACAAGAGAAGGAGGUGACCGAGGAAGACAGAGAGCUCCACAUCAAGAAGAAGAUGGAGACAGAAAAACAAGAGAAGGAAGAGACCGAGGAAGAAAGAGAGCUCCGCAUCAAGAAGGAGAAGGAGACAGAAAAACAAGAGAAGGAGGUGACCGAGGAAGAAAGAGAGCUCCGCAUCAAGAAGAAGAAGGAGACAGAAAAGCAAGAGAAGGAGGAGACCGAGGAAGAAAGAGAGCUCCGCAUCAAGAAGAAGAAGGAGACAGAAAAGCAAGAGAAGGAGGAGACCGAGGAAGAAAGAGAGCUCCGCAUCAAGAAGAAGAAGGAGACAGAAAAGCAAGAGAAGGAGGAGACCGAGGAAGAAAGAGAGCUCCGCAUCAAGAAGAAGAAGGAGACAGAAAAACAAGAGACGGAGGAGACCGAGGAAGAAAGAGAGCUCCGCAUUAAGAAGAAGGAAACUGAAGAGAAGGUGGAGAUUAUCUCGGAACAGUUCGCUUCAGGUAAGAAACCAACAGCGCCCGGGGCUCCGGUGGCGCCCGCGGCCCCAGAGGCUCCGGUGGUACCCGCGGCCCCGGUCGACGAGAAGAAGGGAGGCAAGCUGGCGCUCCAGAAGGGCACUAAAGAAAUCAUGCACGCCUUAGAAACCAACAUGAACCUCAAGAUCCUGAUGCUGCCUAACGGCGCUCACGGCAAGAACUGCUUCUGCACGUGCGAUAACACCGCCGCGCCUAAAAUCAUUCCUCUGUCGGCUCUGCCACCGCAGGUCGCCGAGAUUGCCCCUAAAAAUAACUAAAAUCAUAGAC